GUUGAACACAUCCAAAUGUUAGAUAUAAACUAGCGUCAUAUUUAAGUAUAUGUAAUGGAGGCAGAAUAUACAGAGGUUUAUGAUCUUAGAGAUGCUGGUGGAGGAGUCUUAUAUAACCAGAUGAGAGUUGACGGUAUGAGAAUACCAACUUUCCGUAAGCCCCCAGGAGUGACAGCAGCCAUUUUCAGGAACAUAAAGCAUUUAAAAAUACGGGAGGACGACAUACUGCUUUGCACACCUGUUAAAUCAGGCACACACUGGUGUUUUGAAAUUCUAACAAUGCUAUUAAAUGGUACGACUGAACUAUCAGACAUUCAAAAGAUUUUUCUGAUGUUGAUAAACGUACAUGAGGAAGAGCUUGACAAAAUGAAAUCUCCAAGGAUUUUAAACACACACUUUCCCUUUAGGAUGCUCCCCAUUCAGAUGAAAGAAAAGAAAACUAAAAUAGUCUUGGUGUUGAGAAAUCCCAAAGAUGUCGCUGUUUCAUUGUACUACCAUCACACAGGAAUGACUAAUUACUAUUAUAACGGAAAGUUUUCCGACCAUCUGAAAUUGUUUAUGGAAGGCAGGCUCAUGUACAACAGUUGGUUUGAUUACGUGUUAGAAUUUGAGAAAGCACUAAACGCAGAACCACACAGGAUACAUCUUGUUUACUAUGAAGACCUUAAGGAGAAUGGCGUGGAAGAGAUUGCCCGUAUUGCAAAAUUUCUCGGAGUACCUGCGGCAGUUGAUGCUGAACUUAUUGAGACAAUAAAUGAAAAAUGUCAGUUUAAAAGUAUGAAGGAGGGAAAGAUGUACAGUCCAGAACUCGCAAAGAAAAUGUUUGUUGAUCCUUCAAAGUUCAAUAUCUAUAGAAAAGGAGAGAUCGGGGACUGGAAGAAUCAUUUUACUGUCGCUGAAAAUGAAGCUUUUGAUAAAUUGUAUCAAGAGAAAAUGAAGACUUCUAAACUUAAGUUUAGGUUCGAACCAUCGGCAAAAUAAGCGUUUUUGGGAGUAAUAUAUAAUAAAAGAUUAUAACUAGUAGCUAUUUUACAAACAAAAACCAGAUAAAUUUAGUACCUAUGUUAAUAUAUAAAUAGUGCAAAUGGACAUAAGCUUCUACUUUUGUAGAACUAUACGUAACGCAGACGUUUGAAUUUGUUUGAAAUAACGACAAAAAAAGAAAAAAGUCUAAGAUUCAUGUAUGCAUACGAUAUAUUCCAUCGUUGAAUAUGUGUAGUAUUACAUGUGCCACAUUACGUGAGUCUUCCCACAUACAAAAAAAAAAUAUAUACGUGAAGUUAGCAGCCAUUAAAACAUUGAAAGUUUAUCAGCAGUAACAAACUGGGAAUCUACACACGGUAACUGCUGAUAAGGUACGAGUAAGAUCUAUAAAAAAAAACAACAAUAAAAUACAGGAAUAUUUAAUAAAAAUAAUUAGUAUCGCUGGAAAACAUAAUUUUCAUAAAAUAUUGGGGGUUUUUGAUACUGGACUACAAAAACAAUAAACCUUGAGAUUUUCCACAAGACUGCCAGUUUAUAAACACGAAAUACAAUUCGGAAGGAGCCAUUCCAGAUCCCAAUAUUGUAGUUAUAAUCUGUAAAUGUGCUGAACACCAAACAAGCGGUUUGUCUCAAAAAAGUUCUGUCAUGACCACUUUUGAUAAAACCUUUCAUGAUUUUACCGAUACAUGCAUGUACCAGCUGAAAAACUGUCAUGACCUAAAAUUCUAUGAUGUUUAAAUAUACCCCUCACCCAGUUGCAGCACUUAAUUAUCACCAGCAGUUACAAGAGUGAAAUAUUGUGAACAUUUAAAAUGUCAAUAUUGGAAUAACAAAGUAAAGAUAUCGAAACCAUUGGUUUGAAUGUACAAGCCACAUAAAGUUUGACACUGGUUUCAUAUAAAUCUGUACACCAGCUUAACGCAAUAAAAACAUCUGUAGUAGUGCUGUUACUGAAAGCUGCGGCGUUUGCUAUAAUGAAAUAGUACAUAUUGCAUUGCCGUCUGUUUUCAGUAUGCCGGCAAAAAUCAUCAAAUGAAGGCCUUAUUACGAAAUUUACACAUAUUUAGCUGCUCUUUUACUGCUGUAUUCUAUGUCAAUAUAUGUCUUGUGUCCAGAUUUGGCCCGCCAAUGUCGUCGUCGGAGACUAGCUUAUUGCUCUGUGAAAUCGGUUUUAGCCAUUUAAUGCAUUAUGACGGCAUAACGAUAAAGACUUUAAA